UUUUAAUUCCUUCAAAAAAUAUUGUCCAGCAAGUAGAAAAGUUAUAUUUUUUACAAAACCUGACAAUGUUAUCACCCAGAAUGAAUAUUGCACUGUAAUUACUAUCAAUGUGAGAUUAAUUUUAAAUCACUUUUAUGCAGAUUUCCCUUUUGCAAUCGCUAUGGUUCAUUAUCUUUAAUAAUUAAUGAAUUUGCCAUCUUUAGAUAGACUCCUUAACUUUAGAGUGAGAAUGAGCAUUUUGAAAUAUAGCUGUGUGAGGACCUUGUACUAUCUACCAAUGUACAUCUUGGUCAUUCCUGUGGUAAUCUUCAUUGUCCUGAAAGGAUUGUUACGUCAUGGACCAUGUUGGCUGUUUUAUAAGAAAGAAAGAUUAGAGAGACCAGCUUGCAUGGAUGAUCCACAGCUUGGAAACCAUAAGUUUGUCCAAGUCAAGGCAAGUGUCAAAGUCUAUUUAGUUCUAUAUUUCAAAAUUAUCAUCAUUUUUUUGGGGGGAGGCUACUUUUCUUCUGGAACAAAUGAAUAUGCUUUAACAUAGCAGUAAAUCAGGAUUUUCUGGGACUUUUUUAAAGUCUUAUCGAGGGCCCUUCUGAGCAUUUCAGGGGCAAAUGGCCCUAGCCUCCAAGUAAUUAUUUCCCUCUAAGCAAAGUAUCGUAACCAGAAGAAAUGAAGAUGACGGGUGUAGGGGCAAUUUUUUGUUGGUUAUUAGGCCUACUUUGGUAUUUCACCCAAAUAAUAAUUCAUGACUCGUGUCUUUAUCACCGAAACAGUUUUAAAGAAAACUUACAAUUCUCUGGUCACAGAAAUACAACAUUAGCAUGUGAUUGAAUGUUUCCUAGGUCUCAAGUAAUCCUAAGCUACAAAUUCUACAGGUUUAAACAUUUAACAAAAAACAUUAAGACACCGAUGCAUUUGGGAGCUACAAAGUGUCUUUUUGUUUUCAUUAUCCUAUGUGACAGCAAUUACUUCACACUUCUGUGUGGCCUGCUAUGUUCCUCUUGACUGAAUAUGAUAUGUCACUAUAAUUUGCAAUUUCCCUUGCAUAAAACUUAACUUCAUAAGAUGACUUGAAUACAUAUGGAGUCAUUAAAUUAUAGCAUUUAUUCCUAUAAUGUUUUAUUCUUUUAAUGUAGGACAUAAAGCUUCAUAUUGUAGAGUCGGGUGAUCCUAAGAAUCCUUUGAUGUUAUUUCUACAUGGCUUUCCAGAAUGCUGGUAUUCAUGGAGACAUCAGAUUAGAGCAUUCAAUAAAGAUUAUCACUGUGUAGCCAUUGAUAUGAGAGGUGUAGGUGAAUCAGAUGGUCCUCCAGGAAAGAUGAGCUAUACUUGUGACCUUAUCACAGGAGAUGUGUGUGAACUGAUCCAUGUUCUAGGACAUGAGACAUGUAUCUUGAUAGGACAUGACUGGGGUGGAUUGAUAGGAUGGAAGUUUGCUGCACAGUAUCCUGAAAUGGUGGAUAAAUAUAUAGCAAUGAAUAUACCACACCCUGAUAGAUUCAAUGAGCUUGUAUCAUUAUACUUACCACAAAUAAUCAAGUCAUGGUACAUAUUUUUCUUCCAAAUGCCAUGGUUCCCUGAAAGGGGAGUACAGAUGGGAGAUUACAACAUGAUCAAUGAAGAAUGUAAACAUGGUGAAACUACUGAUGAAGAUAUUGAAGCAUUCAAGUAUUCUAUAUCAAGACCAGGUCGUCUGCAUACCUUCAUGAACUACUACCGUAAUGAACUUACCCUGAUCUUCACCAAAACUGGAGUGGUUAAGACACCAACUCUGCUCAUCUGGGGGACAGGAGAUGAUUACCUUCACACCCGUCUUUCUUAUAACACAGAGAAAUUCUGCCUAAAUCUGAAGGUGGAGCGUAUACAGGGCGGCAAUCACUUCAUCCAACAGGAGCAGCCGGAUCUUGUCAAUCAGCUGAUGAAAAAAUAUUUGGAGAAAGAAAUUACUCUUGAAAUAUGA